AUGCCUUUUUCCGAUAUUUCUCAACAAGUGGCUGCAAACACCGCCGAGUCUAACAGCAUAAAUGAAGCCCAACAGGUUUAUUCCUGCCGAACGUUAGCUUUGCGCUCAAGUGAGGAUGAUCCUUACAUUCGCCAGAAGUACCGGCCAUUUAUUUUGUGCAACGAUGCAGCCGAGGACUGGAUCGAUAACCUCGAGCUGACCACUGCUUUGAAUAUGGCUGAGAAUAACAUAAAAAUCACCAACGACAGGCUGAAAGUCCUAGUACUUUAUGGCAGUCUCCGGAGAAGAUCAUAUUCGCGGCUAGUGGCCUUUGAAGCUUCUCGGAUCCUUUUUCGUCUCGGCUGUGAUGUCCGUAUCUUCGACCCUGAAGGUCUUCCAGUGAAAAACGACAGCGACCAUAGUCAUCCCAAAGUACAGGAGCUCAGAGAACUCAGUGCAUGGAGCGAUGGGCAUAUUUGGGUUUCGCCUGAACAGCAUGGAAACCUGACAGCGGUAUUCAAGAACCAAAUUGAUUGGAUUCCUUUAAACACUGGAAGCGUUCGCCCUACUCAAGGCCGGACACUUGCCAUUGCCCAAGUGUGUGGAGGAUCACAAUCAUUCAAUGCGGUUAACUCUUUGCGCAUCCUCGGUCGCUGGAUGCGUAUGUUUACUAUCGCGAAUCAGUCCUCAAUUCCAAAGGCCUACACCCACUUCCCAGACGAAGGUCAAGCAGGAGAUCAACGGCUCAUACCUAGUGGCAACCGGGAUCGUCUGGUGGAUUGCAUGGAGGAAUUCGUCAAAUAUACAAUCCUCAUACGCCCGCACAUCGAGCUUUUUGGCGAUCGCUUCAGCGAGCGGGAGGAGAAGAGAUUGAAAGAUGCGAAAGAAAAUCCUCAUUCGGCUAUUUAA